UGCAGAGCUGCAGAAGGCCUGAUAGAGCCAGCUAGACGGAGAGAGAGAGAGAAAGAGAGAGAGGGAAAGAGAGAGAGAGAGAAGGAAGGGAGGGAUACAUAGACUGAGACAGACACACACACACACACACUGUGGAUCUAGAGCUUCACUUCAUCACCCAGUCCAACCAGAGACACCAGAGAGAGGAAGGAGACAAAGGGAAGAGGAGGACAAAUAGGAGCUUCAGGGAAAGUGAAAGCGAGGCAAGGUGAAAGAGGAGAAGGAAGGAAGGAAGGAAGGAAGGAAAGGGAGGGAGGAAGGAGGCUGGGGCAUGAGGAGGGGCGCCUGACUGACAUUGCUGCUCUCGCUAUCAGCUCACACACACACCGAUGUAGGCAGACACACACACACACACACACACACACACACACACACUAAGCCAGAUUGUUGCUGCUCUUUUUUUUGUAUCCCUUCUUGGAGCCUUGUCCUCCAUCCUUUCUUCUCCUCUGAGUGAGAGGACAAGGGAGGAAGAGGAGGAGGAGGAGGAGGGAAAAGGACAAGCAGGAGGAGGAGGGGAGGCAGUAACCCUCUCCUCUCCUUUUACUCAGACACACAGCACAGAGAGAGAGAGAUAGGCUGAGAAGAGUGAAAAAGGAGCUUUCUGUUCUAUUUCGCCGUCUCCUGUGGUCCCUCUCGGCCAGCGAGCGGCUAACAGGCACCGCUCAUGUCCGUGAACUCGGAGAAAUCCUCGUCCCCCGAAAGGCCUGAGACCCAGCAGAAAGCCCCGGUGACCGCCCCUCCUCCCCCGCCGCCCCCUCCGCCUCCCCCUGAGCCAGCAGGGCCCCCGGAGCCGGAGGAGGAGAUCCUGGGCUCCGACGAUGAGGAGCAGGAGGACCCCGCGGACUACUGCAAAGGAGGGUACCAUCCGGUGAAGAUCGGGGAUUUGUUCAACGGGAGGUACCAUGUGAUCAGGAAGUUGGGGUGGGGCCACUUCUCCACCGUAUGGCUAUGCUGGGACAUACAAGUGAAGAACUUUGUGGCGAUGAAGGUGGUGAAGAGCGCUCAGCAUUACACGGAGACGGCGCUGGAUGAGAUCAAACUGCUGAGAUGUGUGAGAGAGAGUGACCCUGCCGACCCCAACAAGGACAUGGUGGUUCAGCUGAUAGACGACUUCAAGAUCUCUGGAGUCAACGGCAUACAUGUGUGUAUGGUGUUCGAGGUGCUCGGCCACCACCUGCUGAAGUGGAUUAUUAAAUCCAACUACCAAGGUCUGCCGCUGCCGUGUGUCAAGAGCAUUAUCAAACAGGUCCUGCAGGGUCUAGACUACCUCCACACGAAAUGUAAAAUCAUCCACACGGACAUCAAGCCGGAGAACAUCCUGAUGUGCGUAGAUGACGCCUUUGUGAGGCGUAUGGCGAUGGAGGCGACCGAAUGGCAGAAAGCUGGAGCCCCCCCACCGUCUGGAUCGGCAGUUAGCACAGCCCCCCAGCUCAAACCGGUGAGUACAACAGAUGUGGGGAAGAUCUCCAAGAACAAGAAGAAGAAGCUGAAGAAGAAACAGAAGCGCCAGGCCGAGCUGCUGGAGAGGCGGAUGCUGGAGAUCGAAGCUCUGGAGAGAGAGGCCGAGAAGAAGGAGGAGAGAGCCAAAGACGGGGAAGAAGAGAAAGAGGAGCACGAACGCGACCCGUCCUCGCCGCUGCAGCCGCCGACGCCGCACCUGGGCCCCAGCAUGGCCCUGGGAGAGAGCGACGAGGACGACGACGAUGAGGAGGAUGGGGAAGACGAGGAGGAGGAGGGAGGAGAGAGAGAGAGGGAGAGGCCCGUCAGGUUGACCAAUCAUACAUGCGCAGCACCUCCCCAGGAGCAGAGCAACGCACUCCACAUCUCUGAUGAAGACCCCGACGAGGAAGAGGAGGAGGAGGAUGAGGAGGAGGAGGAUGAGGAGGAGGAGGAGGAAGAGGAGGAAGAGCCCACGCCUACCGUUGAAAAAGAUGCCCCCAUUCCCUCCAAUACAGAUGAAGGUAAUGUAGAUCAGACACAAGCAGAGGUAGAGGACGAGGAUGAGGACGAGGAGGGCGAGGAGGAGGAGGAGGAGGAGGAGGAGGAGGGAUUAAAGGGGGCAGAGGAUGGGAAUGAGGAAGAGGAGAAGGUAGAGGAGGAGGAGCAGGAAGAAGAAGAGGAGGAGAAAGAGACUGAAAGAGAGGAGAACGAGAAAGAGGAGCCAAAGACUGAGAACAAAACAGAGGAGGCAGCAGUGGUGGAGGAUAAGGAGUCAAAGGAGCAGGAGGGGCAGGAUGAGGAGGACGAGGAGGAGGAAGAGGAGGAGGAGGAGGAUGAUGAUGACGACGACGAGGAUGACGACACGACCACGGAACUCCUCACGGCCUCCACCUCCCCCAUCAAACCCCACAACAACAAGAGCAAUUCGGUCAAAACCAACGGUCACGUUCUGUUGGGAUCGGAGGGACUGAAACCGAAACCCGGCAAUCCGCCGCCUCCAUCGCCGACCCCCGAGCCUCUCCUCUGCCCCCUGGUGGAGUCCGAGCUCAGCUACACGGACAGGGACAACUCUCUCAGCUCCGGUUACGAGCUGUAUAACGGCGACCUGGGCGAGCCGGGGCUGACCAACGGCGGCAGUGAUCGUGAUCGUGAUCGUGACCGUGACCGUGACCGUGACCGUGAACGCCAUCGGGCCACCGUGCCUAUCUUCCCCGACCUGCCCUUGGAUCCCAUGCCGGGAAACCCCAUUUCCGUAGGAACGGUGGACAUCGGAGCAGGCCGGUCGCCCAACAGCCCCGUCGCUGACCGCAGUCGCACUGUGUCGUCCUCGAGCACGGGAGACACACCCAAAGUCAGGGCCAGAGCUGCAGAUCUCCUGAUCAACCCACUAGACCCGCGCAACGCCGAGACUAUUCGAGUCAAAAUCGCUGAUCUUGGAAAUGCCUGCUGGGUGCACAAGCACUUUACAGAGGACAUCCAGACGAGACAGUACCGUUCCAUUGAAGUCCUGAUAGGAGCUGGUUACAGCACGCCUGCAGACAUCUGGAGUACUGCCUGCAUGGCUUUUGAGCUGGCUACUGGAGAUUACUUGUUUGAGCCCCACUCUGGAGAGGACUACUCCCGUGAUGAGGACCACAUCGCUCUGAUCAUGGAGCUCCUUGGGAAGGUCCCGCGCAAAGUGUUCGCUGUCGGGAAGUUCAGCCGAGAGUUUUUCUCCAAGAAAGGUGAGCUGAGGCACAUCACCAAGCUGAAGCCGUGGUCCCUGUUCGACGUGCUGGUGGAGAAGUACGGCUGGGCGCACGAAGACGCCGGCCACUUCACCCACUUCCUUCUGCCCAUGCUGGAGAUGGUGCCUGAGAAGAGGGCCUCGGCUGGCGAAUGCCUCAACCACCCCUGGCUCAACUCGUAGCCGCGAUCUCUGAUCAGACACCCUCCUCCCUUUGUCCCCCCCAACAGUUAGCCCAAACAUCACCCCCUGGUGGCGGCCCGUGGAACGACAGUGUGGAGAGAAGCCGGAGACAAACAGAGUCGGGAGUAGAUGAUUCCUUCCUGCCCUUUCCCACACAUCCAUUUCAUGCUUCUCUGAGUAGGCUUUUAGUCCCACACAAGCCCCUCAUCUUUUCCCAUAAGGAAUGUAAAGACUUAUGGAGAUAACAUGACAUAGUAGCUGUGUCUUCCAAAAAAAAACUCCCAAAAUAGAUAAUUUGAAGAUGGAUGCUGCUCAUGUGAAAGGGGAGAUGUCAAGAUGUCAGCCCGUCCCUUCCCUCUUAAUCUCCUCUGGAUUCUCAGUUUUACCUUGUUUGGAUCCAGUCAUGGACCGCUGACAGCUGCUGAUCUUUUUCAAUGACGUGAAAAGAAAAGUCAACGAGAAGCUCAGUCUGCCAUGACCUUUACAUAGCCCGGGCCUCAGAGACAGACACUUUAGUGUGUUUUUAAGAGAGAUAAUGAGCACAUGUGCCUGUGCUCAAGAUCUGCCUACAUAGACCCGUCUCCUCUCUUUCCAGCCCACUUCCCUCCCUCACCCUUUGCUAUGGAAGAAACCGCCCACAUCAGACUAAAAGUUUACACCCUGAUUUCUUCCAUGAAUCCCAAAAAGCCUCUCUUACCUGUUUGGUUCUCCAUAUACCCCCCUCUUAAAUGUGUGUGGGGGAGCACCUCAGAGAACUGGAGGGCAGCCAGUCCUCCAGGGGGGGCGCCACUCUGACAAAGACGGACAGAAAAAGUGCGGGAUGAGCAACAAAAAAAAACAAAAAUACAAUCAUCUCGACACGGAGGAGGACUGCUUGGUCUUUAAAGACUAUUUUUAAAAUGCAUGGAGAGACUGAUGGAUCAGCAUGAACGGAUAUAUGACAAAACGGACGAUGGAUGCGUUGUUUUAUUUGUGCAUUUCUUUCCCGUUUCAUCACCUCUCUUGGACAUUCUGUUAGAAAGAAUUACGUUAGGAUAUUUUGGUGCCCCGUGUGAGGAACGUUACAACCCCUUCUUCUCCAGCUUUUGACAUUCCUAAAUCUUGGUCCUCUGCCAUCAUUCCUGACUUUUAUUCCCAAGAAGAGUCCUGUAGUGGCACGUUUACCUGAUCUGAUUGGUACUAUUCCCCCCUUUUUUCCCCCCCUAUAGAGGAACUCUGUGAUCCCUGAGCUACUCCAGAAAGGGGAUGGUCACACGGAGGUUGCACUUGUCUUUGUAGAUGUCCUUCAGGGAUUUGAAACCUUUGUACAUAGAACUGAGAUCUUGCAACGCAGAUAAGCGACAAAGUGGACAAAGUUUCAACACACAAGCAUCAUUCCAAAAAAAAAAAAACGGAGUCUCUUGUUGGCAUAUCUUGACUUCCUCUGAUACAGUGGAGGACGGGGGGGGGGCGGGCCGCCAUAGCUCCGGCCCUGGAGGAAUGUUCAGACUGAACUGUGCCACUCAGUGGCUGAAUGAGAGUACUGCAUUUGCCACACACUGCUGCUGCUGCUGCUCUCAGUGCCAACGCUCCAAGACGUUCCACUAUAUCUCUCCACUUAAUCUCUAUUUCUCUGUCACACACACACACACACACACACACACACACAGACACACACACAAAUACUCGCAUCAUCACAAUUAGUCCAGUUGCCUAUUUUUCGCAAUAAAUGAAAAAAAGAUGACUAUAAGUAAAUGGUGAGAUAUUUUUAAAAACUAUUUAAUUCAUUAAAAAAAGAGGAAAAAAAAAAGAAAACAACUUUUCUCUGGUUGUUGUGACCGUGACAGAAUCUCGUCUUAUACUGAGGUGAUUGUGUUUGUCUUUUAGAGAUGUUUUUAUUUCUUUUGUCAUCAUUAUUAUUAUUAUUAUUAUUAAUUAUUAUUAUUAUUGAAAGAUUUUUUUACACAGUUGUCACCUCUCCCCUCCCUCCUUACUUGAACAGUGCUGCUCUAUCUGGGCUCUUGAUGGUGAUGAAAAAAAAAAAAAAAUCAACAGUUUUGCAAUAAAGGGUUAUGUGAUGAGUUUUUUUUUU